CAUGCAAGACGACAGCAUAGAAGCGUCGACUUCCAUCUCUCAGCUUCUGAGAGAAAGCUAUCUCGCUGAAACCAGACAUCGCGGGGACAACGAGCGGAGUCGAGCAGAGCCCUCCUCCAACCCUUUCCAUUUCGGCGGUCCUGGGGCUGCAGAAGGGGGAGGCCCCGAGGACCUUCCGGAUCUUUCCGCCUUUCUGAGCCAAGAGGAGUUGGAUGAAAGCGUCAACCUGGCAAGGCUGGCCAUCAACCACGACCCUUUGGAGAGAGUGGAUGAAGCUCAAGCUAGGAAACGUCUGUCUUCCGACCAGACGAAGCAUUCGCCCAAACCAAGUUUCGAACCCACCUUCUGCCAGGACAGCCCGCGAGGCCCUAGCAGCUCUAAAGACAGCUCCACGGAGCCCAAGAGGCCACAGUACAGCUCUGAAGCCCAGUCCAAGAAGGUGUUCCUAAACAAGGCUGCCGACUUCAUCGAAGAGCUGUCCUCCCUCUUCAAGGCUCACAGCUCCAAGAGGAUCAGGCCUCGGGCCUGCAAAACCCACAAGGGCAAGCCGGAAUCUCAAAACCAAGCCCUGCAGGAGAACCGCCCCACUUUCUCAGAUCUGACGGAAAGGCGAGAAAGGGCGUCGGUCCCCAUCCCCAUCCCCGCAGACAGCAGGGACAACGAGCUGAACCACGCGAUUGAACAGCGGGAGGCCAAGAGGCGGGAAGCCGAGCUGGCUGCGGGCGACGCGGCCACCGGAGACAGCACCCCAGGGUCUUCGCCUUCCUCCCUGUACUACGAAGAGCCUCUGGGGCAGCCUCCCCGCUUCACGCAAAAGUUACGGAGCAGGGAAGUCCCGGAAGGAAGCCGAGUCCAGUUGGACUGCGUAGUGGUAGGAAUUCCACCGCCCCAAGUAAGGUGGUAUUGUGAAGGCAAAGAGCUUGAAAAUUCUCCAGAUAUCCACAUUGUACAGGCGGGAAACCUGCACUCGCUGACCAUUGCCGAAGCCUUUGAGGAGGACACAGGACGGUACUCAUGCUUUGCUUCCAACAUCUAUGGGACAGACUCAACUUCUGCUGAGAUUUACAUAGAAGGAGUCUCUUCCUCUGACUCAGAAGGCGACCCUAACAAAGAAGAGAUGAAUCGAAUCCAGAAGCCAAAUGAGGUGUCCUCACCUCCCACUACCUCUGCAGCCAUUCCUCCAGCAGCACAAGCCCAGCCUUCAGCGACCCAGCCCAGGGUGUCCACCAUCCAGCAGUGUCAGAGUCCUACCAACUACUUGCAAGGACUGGAUGGAAAGCCUAUCAUUGCCGCUCCAGUGUUUACAAAGAUGCUACAGAACUUGUCCGCCUCUGAGGGCCAGCUGGUUGUCUUUGAGUGCAGAGUGAAAGGCGCCCCAUCCCCGAAAGUCGAGUGGUACAGAGAAGGGACUCUAAUAGAAGACUCUCCAGACUUCCGGAUCUUACAGAAAAAACCUCGCUCCAUGGCAGAACCAGAGGAGAUCUGCACCCUGGUCAUCGCCGAGGUGUUUUCCGAAGACUCCGGGUGCUUCACGUGCACCGCGAGCAACAAGUACGGCACGGUGUCCAGCAUCGCACGGCUGGACGUGAGAGGAAACGAAGACAUCAGUGAUAACGGAGCUCUUCACUCAGCCAACUCCACCCCUAACCCAGCUGUGGCUGAACAACAACCCUCCCCGCCCAACCCACAGCCUCCUUCCGAGGAACAGCCCCCAAAACCCAAACUGGAAGGGGUCCUGGUGAACCAUAAUGAGCCCCGGUCCAGCUCCAGGAUUGGGCUACGGGUGCAUUUCAACCUACCUGAAGAUGACAAAGAGAGUGAGGCAUCUUCCUGCGGGAGUGGAGUGGCCGGUACCAGCCACACGAGGCCGAAUUCCUUCCCUGAGAGGUUCAAUGGACAGGAAGCCCGAAUCCCAGAGCCUUCCUCCCCUGUCAAAGAGCCGCCUCCAGUCCUGGCCAAACCCAAACUCGACUCCAGUCAGUUACAACAGCUUCAUAACCAAGUGUUGCUGGAGCAGCAGCAGAGCGCCUCCCCUUCGUCACCCACGGAGUCUCCUUUCAACACCAGCGCCUUGAACUCGGCUCCCCCGGCAGUGACCAUUUCCAGCAAGCAGGUGAAGGGUCCUGUACCGCAGGCGUUCAACUUGGCCCGGCCAAAGCAUUUCUUCCCUGCCUCGAGCGCCUCCGCGGCAGCCGCCUCCCCCUCCAGCUCCCCCGUGUUCACCCUGAGUAAUACUCCUCAAACCAUUCAGAGGACGGUGAGCAAAGAGAGCCUCCUGCUGUCUGCCCCCGCCACCCAAGGCAGAUCUCCCGGCAGGCUCUCCAUCCAGAGCGAGCCGGCUCCUCCAGGCCCAGCCGAGCCGGCGGCGCCGUCGCCAGCCUCAUAUCCCAGCCCCAGCGGAAACCAGUUUCAGCCUCACUGCGUGUCCCCAACUCCUGUCUCUCCUACCGGUCGGAUUCAGAACCCAGUGGCUUUCCUCAGCUCUGUCCUGCCUUCUCUCCCAUCCAUUCCGCCCACCAAUGCCAUGGGGCUGCCUAAAAGUGCACCAUCCGUGCCGCCCCAGGGUCUGAUGAAGAAAACCGCAAAGGCUCAAGCUGUGAGUGACGAUUACAUCCGGGAGACUAAGAAUUCGGUGAUCCUAGACUUGGGGAAGAAAGUGAAUUUCGGUGACAUCAGAUCACACCAGCAGGAAUAUAAAAUUUCGAGCUUUGAGCAGAGGCUGAUGAACGAGAUAGAGUUCCGCCUGGAGCGCACUCCUGUUGACGAAUCGGAUGAUGAGAUACAGCACGACGAAAUCCCCACGGGCAAGUGCAUCGCACCCAUCUUUGACAAAAGACUCAAGCACUUCCGGGUGACCGAAGGCUCCCCAGUCACCUUCACCUGCAAAAUUGUCGGGAUUCCUGUUCCAAAGGUUUACUGGUUCAAAGACGGGAAGCAGAUUUCUAAGAGAAACGAGCACUGCAGAAUGAGGCGAGAGGGCGACGGGACCUGCUCUCUGCACAUCGAGUCCACCGCCAGUGACGACGACGGCAACUACACCAUCAUGGCGGCCAACCCCCAGGGGAGGAUCAGCUGUUCUGGCCACUUGAUGGUACAGAGUUUGCCCCUUCGAAAUCGACUCAGCCCGGCCGGCCAGUCUCACAGGGGAAGGUCCAGAAUGCAGGAAAGAGACAAAGAGCCUCUACAGGAACGCUUUUUCCGACCACAUUUCCUGCAGGCCCCAGGGGAUAUGGUGGCUCAUGAGGGCCGCCUCUGUCGGCUGGACUGUAAGGUGAGCGGCCUGCCGCCGCCAGAGCUGACGUGGCUGCUCAACGGGCAGCCAGUGCUACCAGACGCCUCCCACAAGAUGCUGGUCAGGGAGACGGGAGUCCACUCUCUGCUCAUCGACCCGCUCACGCAACGCGAUGCAGGGACCUACACGUGCGUGGCGACCAACAAAACUGGGCAGAAUUCCUUUAGCCUGGAGCUCACUGUAGUAGCCAAAGAGGUGAAGAAGGCACCAGUGAUCCUGGAGAAGCUCCAAAACAGUGGCGUCCCCGAGGGCCACCCGGUGAGACUGGAGUGCCGAGUCAUAGGCAUGCCCCCGCCUGUGUUCUACUGGAAGAAAGACAACGAGACCAUCCCUUUCACUAGAGAGAGGAUCAGCAUGCACCAGGACACGACGGGCUACGUCUGCCUCCUCAUCCAGCCAGCCAAGAAAUCUGACGCCGGGUGGUAUACACUGUCAGCCAAGAACGAAGCUGGCAUCGUGUCCUGCACGGCUAGGUUGGAUAUAUAUGCUCAGUGGCACCAGCAGAUCCCACCUCCCAUGUCCAUCCGGCCCAGUGGCAGCCGCUACGGAUCUCUCACCAGCAAAGGACUGGACAUCUUCUCUGCCUUCUCCUCCAUGGAGAGCACGAUGGUGUACUCCUGCGCUUCCCGGAGUGUGGUGGAGAGCGACGAACUCUAACGCUGUCUGGGAGCCUGCUGUGUAAGGGGGUGGGCUGCGGAGGGCGAGGAAGACCGAGUGUAUGAGGUGGUUUCCGAACAGCUGGAUCUGAGUGAGUGCCCGUGCUGCUGGACCCGUGGCGAGAGGUGUUUUAAGUUAAGUUGGCUGGGGCUCUUUCUGAGCCUUGGCUGAGGGAGAGAGAUAGGGCUGUGCGUCUUAAAGAUGUGCAUAGACGAUACACACAAACCGAAGAUACCAUGCCACUGUCACCACGGCUGGGGCAAAAGGCAGGGGCAAGCAUGCUCUCCCACCCGUGCAUUAGGGACGUUAGGCCCAACUAGAAGCAAUUAGGAGCCAUAGUCAGGCCUGAGAGAAACUAGCAACCUUUCAUGGGCUGCAGCCACAUCAGUCGUCCUGGUGAACUCGUUACACGAGCUCCCAUUUAACAGUAGAGGAUCUUGCCAAACACCCUUCCCUCAAAGUGACAAAACACUUAGGCUGCAUAUCCUGCCUACGGAAUCACAUAAGAAGAAGCCAAAGUGUCUGAGAUGUAAAAAGAAAACAAACAAAACAAAACAAAAGCCCAUUAGGACACUCAAGACCUCACAGUGCACCUGUUACCUGGUCAAGACAAGGUUCCCAGCAGCCUGUCAGAAAGUCACAUCUGUCCCUAGUGCCUAGAUGGGGACUGAGCACAAUUGAGACCUUCAAAGCACGUCCACUCUGGACCAGCUCUAACACUGACCUCAGGUCUAACACUGACCUCGGGUUCCCGCCAUUCUGCGGCCGCUCCACACACGACCCUGGGAAUGGGUCUCAUAGCAGUUUGCCUCAGGCAAGCCAGGGGUAUUAAACUGGAGGCGUCUGCUGUUAAUCCCCUCCACUCUCGGAUGGUCUCUGUGCCAGGUCCCCUCAGCUGGCACCCUACCCCAGUGAUUUUAGCUGAAGAUAGAACUUGCUUAGAAAGGCUUGAAACUUCCUUUGCUUCAAGGCAAGGAUUUCCAGUAUAAAAAUAAAUUCAU